AGUUGGUGUUUAAAAUGACUUCGAACACGUAGCUGAGGUGUUUCACGGCGCACCUCGGUGUACAUUCGAGGUCUACAUGUUCUGUCGGAAUUGAAAACAGGCGGUAUUCGCGUGUGAGUGUGUGUGUUUUAUUAUUGCGGUAUGGCGCAGUGUGUGUGUGCGGAGCCGCUGUCAGCGGUACAGUUGCGGCGGCUAGCUGAGCAUAAGUACAGCUCUGCGGGGCGCUCUUUACUCGAGCCUCCCUGUCAGCUCUACUGGAACUGGUUAGUGCAACAGAUCCCCACCUGGGUCGCUCCUAACACCCUCACCAUCACCGGACUGUUCAUCAAUGUGUUCACCACAAUUAUCUUGGUCUAUUACUGUCCCACCGCCACCGAGGAGGCUCCAGCAUGGGCUUUUAUUCUUAGUGCUUUAGGUCUCUUCAUUUACCAAUCACUGGAUGCCAUAGAUGGGAAGCAGGCCAGACGAACCAAUAGCAGCUCUGCUUUGGGGGAGCUCUUCGACCAUGGUUGUGAUGCUGUCUCCACAGUUUUUGUUGCCGUGGGGACUUGUAUAUGCGCUGGCAUGGGAGCCUACCCAGACUGGAUGUUUUUCUGCGGUUUUGUGGGCAUGUUUAUGUUCUUCUGUGCUCACUGGCAGACUUACGUGUCUGGGACACUCCGCUUUGGCAUAGUUGACGUCACAGAGGUCCAAAUUGCCAUCAUAAUCAUGUAUUUGAUGUCAGCCGUCGGAGGAGUAAGCCUGUGGCAGACUACGUUACCAGUGCUCAACAUAAAGCUGAACAACUUGCCGAUUCUGGGUAUCAUCGGAGGAUUCCUGCUUUCCAUGUACAACUACUUCUCAGUCAUCCUGAGUGGCGGCGUGGGGAAGAAUGGCUCUACAGUGGCAGACACCAGUGUGUUGUCUCCUGGCCUGCAUAUAGGCCUCAUCCUUAGCCUGGCCUUCAUCAUCUUUAAGAAGUCAGCCAGUCUGUUUGAGCAUCAGCCCUGCCUUUACAUCCUUACGUUUGGCAUGGUCAUUGCCAAGAUCUCCAACAAGCUGGUGGUUGCUCACAUGACGAGGAGUGAGCUUCAUCUCCAUGAUACUGCCUUUAUUGGCCCCGGCCUUCUCUUCCUUAAUCAAUACUUUAACAGCUUUAUUGAUGAACAUAUAGUCCUCUGGAUUGCUUUGGUCCUGUCUGUGAUUGACCUUACACGUUACUGCACAGGGGUGUGUCUGCAGAUAGCCUCUCACCUGCGCAUUCAGAUAACUGGAUCACUCAGAUUGUGCUGCUUCAAUUCAUUACACAGAACUGAGAGCACAGAACUGAUAUUACAAUCUAGUGAUUUCAGUUAUUUCUUCAUUUUUUGGGAUUCUCAACAUGCAACACAUAGAGGCUCAUCCUGCUUGUCUAUUAUAUACAACCCACCAGUCUUAUUUUUCUACCAAACAAACACCCCACACAGUGAAUGAAGGCAAAGACUGAACCCUGGUCACAGGAAUCUGGAGUGGUAUCCACAUUCACAUCUACAUGCGGCACCACAGUGCUGGC